GCUCCGCUGCUGGCCACCUCGCUGGGACCCCGCUGCCCGCCUAGCUGGGACCCCUGGGUGGGACCCCGGUGCCCGCUGCCCGCCGCCCGCCGCCCCCGCCCCGCGUCCAGGAUGGGCCGGAAGGUGACCGUGGCCACCUGCGCGCUCAACCAGUGGGCACUGGACUUCGAGGGCAAUUUGCAGAGGAUUUUAAAGAGCAUUGAAAUUGCCAAGCAGAGAGGAGCAAGAUACAGGCUCGGACCAGAGCUGGAAAUAUGUGGCUAUGGGUGCUGGGACCAUUACUACGAGUCAGACACCCUCCUGCACUCCUUUCAAGUCCUCGCGGCCCUUCUGGAGGCUCCGGUCACGCAAGACAUCAUCUGUGAUGUGGGGAUGCCCAUCAUGCACCGUAAUGUCCGCUACAACUGCAGGGUGAUAUUCCUCAACAGGAAGAUCCUGCUCAUCAGACCCAAGAUGGCCCUGGCCAACGAGGGCAACUACCGAGAGCUGCGCUGGUUCACCCCCUGGUCCCGGAGCAGGCAAACCGAGGAGUACUUCCUCCCGCGGAUGAUCCAGGCCCUGACCCACCAGGAGACAGUGCCCUUCGGAGAUGCCGUGCUGGCCACCCGCGACUCCUGCAUCGGGAGUGAGAUCUGUGAGGAGCUGUGGACGCCGCACAGCCCGCAUGUGGACAUGGGUCUGGACGGCGUGGAGAUCUUCACCAAUGCCUCGGGCAGUCACCACGUGCUUCGAAAGGCCCAUGCCAGGGUGGAGCUGGUGACAGCCGCCACUGCCAAGAACGGCGGCAUCUACCUGCUGGCCAACCAGAAGGGCUGUGACGGGGACCGGCUCUACUAUGACGGCUGCGCCCUGGUCGCCAUCAACGGCCGCGUGUGCGCCCAGGGCGCCCAGUUCUCCCUGGACGACGUGGAAGUGCUCACGGCCACGCUGGACCUGGAGGACGUCAGGAGCUACCGGGCCGAGAUCUCGUCCCGGAGCCUGGCGGCCAGCAGGGUGAGCCCGUACCCGCGGGUGAAGGUGGACUUCGCCCUCUCGUGCCACGACGACCUGCUGGUGCCGCUGUCUGAGCCCCUCGAGUGGCAGUACCACAGCGUGGGCGAGGAGAUCAGCCUGGGACCCGCGUGCUGGCUCUGGGACUUUCUGCGGCGCAGCCGGCAGGCGGGGUUCUUCCUGCCCCUGAGCGGGGGGCUGGACAGCGCGGCCACCGCCUGCCUCGUCUACUCCAUGUGCCACCUGGUCUGCGAGGCCGUGCGGAGUGGAAACCAGGACGUGCUGUCUGAUGUCCGCGCCCUCGUGAACCAGACGGGCUACACCCCUCAGGACCCCCGGGAGCUGUGUGGCCGCCUGCUGACCACCUGCUACAUGGCCAGCGAGAACUCGUCUGAGGAGACACGCUCCAGGGCGGCCGAGCUGGCCCAGCAGAUUGGGAGCCACCAUGUGGGCCUCAGCAUUGAGCCGGCCGUGAAGGCCAUCGUGGGCAUCUUCAGCUUGGUGACGGGGACAUACCCCAAGUUCGCGGUUCUGGGGGGAAGCAGCAGGGAGAACCUGGCUCUGCAGAACGUACAGGCCCGGAUCCGGAUGGUUGUUGCCUACCUCUUCGCCCAGCUGAGCCUCUGGUCUCGGGGGCUGCCGGGUGGGCUGCUCGUGCUGGGCUCCGCCAACGUGGACGAGAGUCUCCUGGGCUACCUGACCAAGUACGACUGCUCCAGCGCUGACAUCAACCCCAUCGGCGGCAUCAGCAAGACAGACCUGCGGACCUUUAUACGCUUCUGUGCCGAGCGAUUCCCACUGCCUGCCCUGCAGAGGAUCUUGGCUGCCCCGGCCACCGCAGAGCUGGAGCCCUUGGCUAAUGGGCAGGUGUCCCAGACAGACGAGGAGGACAUGGGCAUGACGUAUGAGGAGCUGUCGGUCUUCGGGAGGCUCAGGAAGGUGGCCAAGGCCGGUCCCUACAGCAUGUUCUGCAAACUCCUCACCCUGUGGAGGAACAAGUGCUCCCCGCGCCAGGUGGCCGACAAAGUGAUGCGGUUUUUCGGCAAGUACUCGGCCAACAGGCACAAGAUGACCACGCUGACCCCCGCCUACCACGCUGAGAGCUACAGCCCCGACGACCACCGCUUCGACCUGCGCCCCUUCCUCUACCGCCCGGGCUGGCCCUGGCAGGCCCGUUGCAUCGAACAGCAGGUUCUCCGGCUGGAGCGGGGCGAACAGCAGGAGGUGGACGGCAUGUACUGAGGGUGGACCCGUGAGGGGACGCCCCCCAGAGCCGAGAUGCCGCCUGCCCCAGCCUCUCCCAAGGAGAAGCCCACGUCAGCACUGCUGGUGUACUGGGAGCCGCAGUAAAGGUGCCAUUCCUCUCAGGGACAUUUCUCACUCUGUCCAGGGGGCCUCGGCUCCCCCUGCCAGGCCCCCUCCCCUCUGGUCAGCCCCUCCGGUCACCCCCUCCUCUCCCCUUUCUGCCCCGCGGCUGCAUCAUUGCCCUUCAGAGACCCAGUCCUGGGGUCCCCGAGAUCUGCUUCACCUCACCACAUCGGGGAGCAGCUGGGCUUGUGGGGCCCUGGGUGCCCCCUGGACCCCCCCCAUGCAGGGCCAGUAGCGUGUUUCCAGGGAAAUGUGAAAGUGGGGACCCUCAGCACAGUGAGGUCUCAUGGAGGGACCCCACUGCAGCGUCGCCCCGAGGACGCGGCCCUUCCCAGCGGGGUUUCUGGCAGGAACCCUGACAUUGGCAGGACACAUGGGGAGGACUGGGCUGUGACAGGGACACUUGGGGGCCUGGGGUGUGUCCAGCAGUGGCCUGUGUGUGGGGAGCAGCCGGGGGGCAGGGGGGUUGUUGGAGGUGCCGGGAGCAGCGUGGGAGAGAUGGCUGGGGUCUCAGCAGUGACCCCGUGCGUGAUGUCCCCGCAUGUCCUCUUGCGGGCACAGUGGCUCGGUCCCUCCCAGCUGCUCCAGCCACAGCCGGAUUUGGGAGCUGCUAGAGUAGCCGCUUGGCAGAGGGCUUAAGGGCAGGGGACGCCAGCAAGAGAAGCAUCUGCCCUUUCGCUGGUGCCGCGCUCGCCCGGUGACUCAGACCUGUCGGUCCAGCUCUCAGAGGCCCUCGGUGCUAGCGGACUCAGCCUCCAUCUGCUGGGCCUGCGACCAGCCUCACCCUGUGGGAUGGAGCUGGGGGCGGGGACAGCCUCGGAGGUCGGGGAUGGACCAUCAUUGCCCCCGACUCUGGCUUGAGACCCCACAGCCCCGCUGAGCAGGGACACAGGGUGUGGGUCUGGGUGAGGGUCCCUCCGGCUCCGACAGAUGGACCUUGCCCUGACCCUGCAUCCUGCGUGUCUCCUGUGAUGCCCGAGGGCUGGCCUCUGCCUCCUGGGCUUCAGGCUCUCCCUUUCCUUAAAGUCUUCCUUGCUGGAUAUUCUCUGGAUUUGAGCUAAGAGAAAAUACCAGAAAAUG